AUGCAUGGAUCACUGGCAGGCGAGUGGAAUAGAUUGAAAACAGUGGAGGAAGAGCGUUCGGUUGAAUUAAUGGAUGGAUAUGCAGUAAGAACAUUGAAACGUGACAUAAAACAGUAUCUGGGAUGCCUAGAGUAUAGAAGUAUCCCGUUUCAUCUCAAGAGAAUCAAGGCCUCCGGCAGCAUGCUUUUGGUACUAGUUGAUCUAAUAGAUAGCCAUGAUCCAAUUGAGAAUGUUAGAAGGCUUGUCUGCCAGAUGGUUAGAGAUGGAUUUGGAGACGGUUGUGCAUGCCCAGAUGAGCUGAUUGAAACAGUGUGUGUUCCCAGGUUCCAGCCAAUAACCGAUGAGCAAUACUACAGAAGUGCGUUCGUAUGGCCAUGCAAUAAACUCAAUAAAGCCAAAGAGAGCCUGGAUAUGGUAUAUAUUCAAGCAAUGAUGGAUGCAUUAAGUAUGCAGCAUCACAACACAGAGAUAGAGUGCAGUAAGGCAUGCUUGAUAGCAGAUGGAUGCAAUAGUGUCUGUAUUCAUGGUGAUACCGACAAUCAUCUUGGCCAUUCUAUAUUUAAGGCAGUCGAUGAAGUUAGCAAGUCACAGGUCUCGUAUCUGUGCACAGGCCUUGAUGCAUUCUUGCUCAACGAGCCUUGCUUGUCAUGCUCAAUGGCUCUUGUGCAUGGACGCAUCAGAAGAGUAUUCUGUGCCAACCAGAGUGCAGAUGGACCGUUCUCUCUUCUCAAGAUCAACUAUAACAAAAGCCUUAACCACAGAUACCCUGUGUAUUUCAUGCCACGAUCAGAAUAA